AUGGCAGAGUAUCAUUGUCGAUAUGAAAGCCAUUUUGGUUAAGCUAUUUUAGGAUAUUGUGUUAAUAUUGAUUGCCAAUAAAAUCCUCAAUUUUGUUUGAAAUGUCUAAAAGAUCAAUAAAAUAAUCAUAGUUCUUAAUGUCUUGGUUUUGAUAUGAUAACAGAAAAUCUCUCAAAGUAUAUUCAAUAAGAAAAAUUAUUUUAUGAAUAAUUACAAGAAAUUGAUAAAACCUUCCAAAUGUUGUUGAGUUAAUCACUAAAGAAAAUUUAGAAAAAUCUCAAAAAAUUGUAAAAUUUGAAUGAAGCAUUAUUAAAAGGCGAGUAUCUAAAAUUUAAAACUGAAAUUAACUUCUUUAGAAGGUAUUAUUCUAAGGUCGAGGAGACUGAAAAAAGUGUUAUUAUAUAACUAAUUUAGGUGAAUUCUUAAUAUCAUUAAAUUCUAUUGUCUUAACUCUUUAAACCACUACAAAGGGAUAUGUUAAAAUAGAAGAUUAGCAAAUUGCUUAGACAGGAGAUAAUCAUUCAUAAUAUUUGAGUAGAGCAAAAGGUAGAUUUGAUUAAGGUAUUAAUUAUUCACAUGUAAAGAUUGAAUAUAUUUAGAGAAAGAAAAUAUCAAGAAGCCUUAACAGCCUUUAAUGAUUCAUUAUUGAUGGGUUAUAAUCAUGAUUUUGUCUAUAACUGGAAAGGUAAUUCACAUAAUAAUCAACUUCAAAGCAAUUACAUUAAAUCAUCUAAAUAAAUAUGAUGAGGCCAUCAAAUGUUUUGACUUAGCCUUAUAAAUAAAUUCAACCUAUGAGAGUGCUUACAAUAAUAAAGGUAGCUAAUAUUUCUCAUAAUCAUUUUACAGGAGCUUUAUUAAAUAAUUUAGGCAAAUAUGAAGAAGCUCUUUUAUAUAUAUAAACAGCAAUAGAUUUAAAUCCAAUUAAUUAUUUAGCAUAUUCUAAUAAAGGUAUUUUUUUUAUAAAAAAAGGUUUUGCACUAUGUAAUUUACAAAGAUUCUAGGAAGCCCUUAUUGCAUAUGAGAUGGCAAUAGAAUUCAACAAUCAAAAUGAUAAAGCACACCAUAAUAGAGGCAUAUAUAAAAUGCAUAAUAUUAUAUAGGAACUACAUUACUCAAACUUAAUAGAAUUGAAGAUGCUCUUUAAAUCUUUUAACACUGCAAUUGAUCUAAACAAAAACAAUGACGAAGCUUUAGAAAACAAAGGUUGGAAAUUACUAAUUUUUAUUUAGCUCUUUCUCUACAUUUGUUAUAAAGGUUUAAUAAAGCCUUAAAAAUUUAUGAUUAAACAAUAUUUUUGAAAAAAAAUUCAAAUAGAUUAAAACGCAAAGGUAUUAUUAUUGAAUUUUUAUAUAAAGCUGAUACAUUACUAGUUUUGGGAAGAAAAAAUGAAGCAAAAUAAUAUUAUUUUGAAGCAUUACGAAUAGGAAACCUCUCUUCUGAUUAGGAAUAAAUUCUGUAUUAAUUAGCAAGGUUAUGA